AUGGCCGAUAAGAAGCUCAUAGUGAUCGUUGGAAUCACUGGCAACCAGGGCGCCUCGGUCGCCGAUGCCUUCAUGGACGAGCCCGGCUGGAAGAUCCGAGGCAUCUCCCGCGACCCCAGCAAAGCCUCCAGCAAAGUGUGGUCCGACAAAGGCGUCGAGAUGGUCGCGGGUGAUCUCGACAACCUCGAGAGCAUCCAACCCGCCUUCAAGGGCGCGAACGUGAUCUUUGCCGCCACGGACUUCUGGCAGGCCAUCGGCAAUCCAAAGAACCACCAAAAGGCCGCCGAGCGCGGGGUAACGAUCAAUGAGGUCGCAUACGAGAUUGAGGUCCAGCAGGGAAAGAACAUUGUCGAUGCGGCGGCGAUGACGCUGAAUACGCUUGAUAGAUUCGUGUUGAGCACGUUGAGCCAUGCGAAGAAGUGGAGCGGCGGGAAGAUCCAGUGGAAUCUACACUUUGAUGCGAAGUGGGCUGCCGUAGACUACCUGAAAGAGACGUAUCCGGAGCUGCUCAAGAAGACCAGUCUGCUGCAGGUGGCGCUUUUCAUGACGAAUUGGCAGCAGGGGGGAAGGAUGGCGCCUCACAAGCAAGCCGAUGGGACCUACCUCCUCAGCGUGCCAACCAAGCCACAUGCCAAGAUACCGAUGUUGAAUCCGCGUGUGGAUGUUGGUCCUCUCACAAAGGCUCUUGUGCAGGCCGAGCCGGGCAAGAACCUGCUCGGCGCAGCCAGUGUUCUGAGCUGGACGGAGUGGUGCGAGAUCUGGGGCAAGAAGCAUGGCGUAACCUGCAGGUACGAGGAGUUGCCGCCGGAGAAGAUGGAGGAGGAGAUUCCUGGCGGCGUGGGGAAGGAGCUUGCAGACAUGUUUGUGUAUUUCUCCGACCCUGGUUAUGAUGGCGGCGACCCGAGUGUUAUCUUGCCGAAAGAUCUCGGUGUCGAUGUCGAGUUGAUGAGCGUCCAGGAGUAUAUCGAGAAGACGGACUUUUCCUCGAUCUUGCAGGAAUCGGCUGCUUAA